AUGGCAACGUUAGGAGAUCUUGUUCAAGCUUCACCAUCAAAACCUUCUACUCUUUUUAAACCAAAACUAAAAGAAGAGGCAGAAGAAGAUGGAGUCAUAAAAACACCUGUGAGAUCAAGAACAGCAAAAAGACAACCAGUCAAGAAGGAAGAAAAAAAAACAAAAAAGUCACCAGCUAAAAAGAAGGAUGAAUCCGAUGAUUCUGAUGAUGAUGAAGCAGAUUCAUCUUCAGAUGAUGUAGUAGAAUCAUCCGAGGAAUACGAUUUUUCUGAUGAUGAUAAAAAGAAAAAGAAAAAAACCACUAGGAAAACAACAGCAAAGAAGCCAAAAAGUGGAAAGAAGAAAGCAGCCGAUUCGGAAAAUGCUAGUAUUUGCCCAUACCCAGUCGACAAGACAACAUCAAAAAUUAAUGACAAGGAUAUGAGGAUUCUUUUCAAAGCUGCAGGUGAAUUAGGGGAUUUGGAUAAAGUCAAAAAUAUUGUAAAAUCCAAAGGAGAUAGUGAAGUAAUUUCUCUUAGAGAUACUGAUGGAUGGUCUGCAAUUUUACAAGCUUGCAGAUUUGGAAAUGUCGAUAUUGUUAAUUAUCUUGUCAAGAUUGGAGCUAAACUUAAUGUUCAUGCAUCAUGUAAGAGAACAACUUUGCAUAUGGCUGCCUUGUGGGGAUACAAGGAAGUUGUACAGGCCUUAAUUGACGCAGAUAAAUCUCCAGAAUUCUUAAUGUCCAAAGAUGCAUGGGGCUUAUCAUCCUACAUUUUGGCCGAACGUCAAGGUAAUACAGAGAUUGCUAACCUUAUCAAAUCAAACAUUCCAGAAGAUUUAUUAAAGAAAGAGGAAGAAGAACUCAAACAAAAGAAAUCAAGAAAAAAGGUCAAGUCAGAAGAUGAUGGAAAGAAAAAGACCACAAAGAAAACCACUAAAAAAAAGGCUCCUGCCAAGAAGAAGAAACUUUUGGAUGAUGAUGAGGAAUCCUCCAGUAGUGAUGAAUCUUCAAGCGAAGAAUCCUCCAGUGAAGAAGAAGUGGACAAUAAAUCAAAGAAGAGAAAAAAGAAGGAAAGCAGUUCUGAAGAAGAAAGCAGCUCUGAAGAAGAAGUUAAGAAAAAGCCACCUCCAAAGAAAACCAAACAAGAACCAAAGAAAGCUCCAGCCAAGCAAUCUGUCUCCAAAAAGAAGAAUAAGAUCAUUGACGAUGAUGAUGAAUAAACUCUAAACUAUUUAUUUUAC